UGGUUGUUGUGAUAAGUUUGUGUCACGUGAUGAGUAAAUAGUUUGUUGUGUGGGAGUGAACUGUGAAGAUGGCCACUGGUGGAUCAGGAAGGGAUACUAAAUAUUGGGGAUGGUUAUUAUAUGAGGAGAAAGGUUUAAAUGAAUAUGUAGCAAUAUUUAUUGUAGCUAAAGAUGUAGACACACUCUCUGAUUAUAGGGACAGGAAGCACCCUAAGAGAGGUUAUCAUUCAAGUAUUUCCUUUACAUUUGCCCAGCAGCAAGACUCUACACUUACAUCAAGAGGUGAUUAUAUUGAAUUAAAGUUUGAUACUCCACAAGUUAAGGCAACCACUGGAUGGAUUAUUAAACCUGAUACAGUACCUUGUAGAAUAUAUAGAAGUGAUGUUGAUAAGGUUGGUACACCUGGUUAUCCUGACCCUCGAUCCUCCAGUAUAUCAGUACAUGCUACACCUGAUGCUGUUCUUAGACUAAAGUAUACUAUACCACUGGAAGGUGUGGUGGUUACAGGUGGUGGUACAUUGUACAUUGGAAGGACAUUGAGAAGUCCUCUAUUAGACAUUAAUGAUUUACAGUAUGUACUUGAAUCAUUGAAUGAAGCUGGCUUCCCACAGGGGAAAUGGGGACUUCUUGGUUUUGUUUUAGGAUUACGUUCUAAUACACUGGAGGCUAUUAAGGCUGAGUAUCCAAGAGAUGAUCAAGGAUGUCUUAGGCAGUGUCUAGUAAAAUGUUUAGAGACAGCUGAUGCUGUUCAUGAAGAAAGAAGUCCAAGAAUGACCACUCUAUGUGCUGCUCUUGAGGACGCUCAUGAGAAAGCAGCAGCUGAUUAUAUCAGUAAGUUAUUAUUAUUAUAA